GCCCCCGCCCGGCCGGGCAAAAGGGGAGCGGGGCGGCUCGACGGCUCCAGCAGCAGCUGGCUGAUCCCGCCAGGCGCGGGGAGAUCCAGAGCCAGCCCGGGAUCGCGCGCAGGUUUGCCCGUAGCAGCAGCAGCGUAGUCCGGGGUGGGGGUGAGGGAAUCCCUCCGCACAAGCAUCCACAGCCAGGAAUGAGCUAUCGGACCACCCGCCCGGGAACUAUGGAGAAAGAGAUCAGCGUGGGGGACGACGCCGAGUUCCGGCUGAUCCUGGUGGGAAAGUCCAGAGUAGGGAAGAGCGCCACGGGCAACACCAUCCUCGGCCGGAGAGAGUUUGAGUCCCGGGGGGGAACGUCCACCACCGUGAGCUGCCAAAGGGGUCAAGGAAGAUGGCACGAGAGGAAGAUCUCCGUGAUCGACACGCCCAACAUUUUCGAUUCUGAAAACCACAGUGAGAUUGUGCAAAAUGAGAUCACGGCUUGCGUCCAACUCUCCCGGCCUGGACCCCACGCCCUGAUCUUUGUGACCCAGGUGGGGCGCUUCACCACCGAAGAUGUGACAGCUGCAAAACGUGUCCGGGAGAUCUUUGAGGCCGAGUCGGCCAGGCGCACGAUCGUCCUCUUCACCUGCAAGGAGGAUUUGGGAGGGGAAUCCCUGCAGGAAUACGUCCGAAAUUCCAACAAUCGCAAUCUGCGGGCGCUGAUCCAGGGGUGUGGGAACCGCUACUGUGGCUUCAACAACAAGGCUGCGGGAGCCGAGUGGCAGGAACAGGUCUCGGAGCUGAUGGAGCUGGUGCAGAGAGUCGUUUCGGAGAACGGGGGGAGACACUACGUCAGCUGGAUGUACGAGUUGCCCACGGCAGCUACGGAUGACGAGGCCAAGCCGGCUCCAGUUUCCCUGAUGGAUGCUCCUGUUCGUCCUGCGGAGGGAGAAUGGGGAGACCUGAUAAUGGACAUUACGGCAGCCGGCAGACCUGAUUCUGUGAUGGAUGCUCCUCUUCGUCCUGCAGAGGGAGAAUGGGGAGAGCUGAUGAUGGACGUUACGGCAGCCGGCAGACCAGUUCUAGAUUCCGUGAUGGAUGCUCCUCUUUGUCUUGCGGAUGGAGAAUGGGAAGAAGUGACAAUGGAAGAUACGGCAGCGGGGACACCAGUUCCAGAUUCCGUGAUUGGUGCUCCUCUUCGUCCUACGGCUGGAGAACGCAAAGAAGUGACGAUGGAAGGGGAGGACGCCGAAUUCCGCCUGAUCCUGGUGGGAAAGUCUGGAGGCGGGAAGAGCGCCACGGGCAACACCAUCCUCGGCCGGCCGGUUUUCAAGUCCAUCCUGGAGCCGAAGACCACCACCCUGAAGUGCGAAAGGGGGCAGGGAAACUGGCAGGACAGGAAGAUCUCCGUGGUCGACACACCCAACAUUUUCGAUUCUGAAAACCACAGUGAGAUUGUGCAAAAUGAGAUCGCGGCUUGCGUCGAACUCUCCCGGCCUGGCCCCCACGCCCUGAUCUUUGUGACCCAGGUGGGACGCUUCACCGCCAAAGAUGUGACAGCUGCAAAGCUUGUCCGGGAGAUCUUUGGGGACGAGUCCGCCAGGCACACGAUCGUCCUCUUCACCUGCAAGGAGGAUUUGGGAGGGGAAUCCCUGCAGGAGUACGUCCGAAAUUCUGACAACCGCAAUCUGCGGGAGCUGAUCCAGGGGUGCGGGAACUGCUACUGUGGCUUUAACAACAAGGCCGCGGGAGCCGAGUGGCAGGCGCAGGUCUCGGAGCUGAUGGAGAAGGUGCAGAGAGUCGUUUCGGAGAACGGGGGAAGACACUACGUCGUCCGGCUGCACAAGGCGCCCCAGACAGCCACGGAUGAGAAGGCCACGCCGGGGGAGGACGCCGAACACCGCCUGAUCCUGGUGGGGAAGUCCGGAGGCGGGAAGAGCGCCACGGGCAACACCAUCCUCGGCCAGCCGGUUUUCAAGUCUGUCCUGGAGCCGAAGACCACCACCCUGAAGUGCCAAAGAGGGCAGGGAAGCUGGCAGGACAGGAAGAUCUCCGUGGUUGACACACCCGACAUUUUCGAUUCUAAAAACCACAAUGAGGCUAUGCAACGUGAGAUUGGGGCUUGCGUCGAACUCUCCCGGCCUGGCCCCCACGCCCUGAUCUUUGUGACCCAGGUGGGACGCUUCACCGCCGAAGAUGUCACAGCUGCAAAGUGUGUCUGGGAGAUCUUUGGGGACGAAUCUGCCAGGCACACGAUCGUCCUCUUCACCUGCUUGGAGGACUUGGGAGGAACCCCCCUGCAGGACUACCUUCGAAUGUCUGACAACCUCAAUCUGCGGGAGCUGAUCCGGCGGUGCGGGAACCGUUUCUGUGGCUUCAACAACAAAUCCGCAGGAGCCGAGUGUCAGGCACAGGUCUCGGAGCUGAUGGAGAUGGUGCAGAGCGUCGUUUCGGAGAACGGGGGGAGACACUACGCCAACCGGCUGUACGAGUUGCCCAUGAAAUCCCCAGAUUCGGCCUGGGCCAAUCGUCCGGAAACGGCUGGAAGCAUCCGAGGGCCCGAACGGCGGAUCGUCCUCGUGGGCAGAACCGGAUCUGGGAAAAGUGCGACGGGGAACACCAUCCUGGGGAGACGAGUCUUUGGGAUGUCACCUACGUCAGCUACAAAAAGUUGCCAAAAGGAGGAGACGCUGUGGAACGGCAGGGGGAUUGUGGUGGUUGACACGCCUGGCUUCCUCGACACCGGCCAUCCAGAGAGGGCAAAUGCUGCUGAAGUGAGCAAAUUAUGGUCCCCGGGUCCCCACGUUAUUCUCUGGGUCAUGCGCCCCGGCCGUUUCUCCCAGGAGGAGAAGGACGUGGCUCGGAUGAUCAAAGAGAUCUUCCGCGAGAAAGGCAGGAAUUAUAUGAUCGUCCUGUUCACCCACAAAGAUAAGCUGGAAGGUCUUUCUCGUGAACGUUUCAUGUCUUUCCAAGAUCAAAAGAAAUAUCUUGCUGAAUGUGGGAACCAUUACCUGACUUUCAACAACACGGCCAAAGGAAACGAACGGGAGGCUCAGAUGACCGAGCUGAUGAAGAUGAUUGACCGGCUCGUAUUUGAGAACGGAGAUGCCGUUUAUUACAUGGAGGACAUGCUGAAGAAAGACAUCGAGAACUUCAAAAAAAACCGUACCUCCUCCUCGUGUCCUAUUGUCUAACACAGGCCUUUCCCCACCUUUUCACAGAUUGUACCACCUUUAGGACAUGGCAAUAUUCGAGUACCACCAGUGGCUUAGCAAGGUGUGAAAAACUUGAUGAGCAAAAAAAAAAAAAAACCCCAGGAAAAAU